ACCGUAUACUAGCGCACUAAAUAGUACAUUGGACAUUGUAGUCUGUCACUUGUUGCUGAAUAAUAUGAAUCUCAGCAUCUCCUGGCAGUUUUCCAGAUUACAAGCAGCUCGCUGCACGAAUUUAGUGACAAUUGAGUCACUGAUCAGAUAUAUUAUUGUGCAUCUGGUAUGUACUAUUUGGACAUAAUAUGUAGUAAGUUAGUAUGCAGGCUUUCCGGACCAGAUGCUAACUAGCUGUCGAGGCUAACGCGCUAAAUUUGAACCGUACGUUAGCAUACAAUCCAGAGCACUCGGCAGAGCUGGUUAGCAGGAUUUGUUAGCAUUUAGUAUAUGUGUGUAGUUUCAGUACAAAGAUGCUGCGGACUCGGAGAGCAGUAAAGACGAAGGAGUAUAAGGAACCGACUUCAGACGAUGAACCCAUAGAAGGCCCAGUGAGUGAGGAGGAACCAGAGGAAUGGCUGCCAGAGAAGACGACCAGAGGAAGAGGAAGGAUGAAGAUAGGAGAAACAACUGAGAAGAAACCGGUCACCAAACCUAAAGAGCCCAAACCAAAGGCUGAGAGAAAGCCAAGAGCUCCAAGGGCCCUGAAAGUCAAGAAGAGUGUGGAGAAAGAUAAUGCAGGUUUUCAGCAAGAUGAAGCUCCAGCACAAGUACAGGUUAAGGAAAAGCCAAGAGCUCCAAGGGCCCUGAAAGUCAAGAAGAGUGUGGAGAAAGAGAAAGGAAAAGAGAAAGAUAAUGCAGGUUUUCAGCAAGAUGAAGCUCCACCACAAGUACGGGUUAAGGAAGAGAGACUUUCCUUCAGCAUGGACAAGAUCUUCAGUACUGAUGCUGUUGCCCAUGAAGGGCCAUCUUCCAGUACACAGCUCCCUAGGGUGAAAAAGGAAGAGCCUGUGGAUGACUUUACCUUUGAUGAACCAGUGCAGAAGAAGCAGAAGACUGCAAGUGCGCCUCAGGGCAAAGCGGUCCACAUAAAGAAUGCAAAUACCUUUCGGGAUGAAUUGCAGAUGAACUGGGACCCAGCACAGGUUUUAGCUGAGAAGACUGGAGUGGAGCAGUGGGUCUGUGGUAACAUCGCUCAGCUCCUGAGGGACGAGAACACCAUCCCGUUCAUGGUGCGCUACAGGAAGGAGCUUAUAGGCCACAUGGAUGGGGACAGUGUGAGAGAUGUGCAGCUCGCUUGGGAGGAACUCUGCUCAUUGGCAAAGAAGUCUCAGACCAUCGCACAAACCCUGAAGAAAGAGGGAAGUUUGACCUUUGAACUUGAGAAAGCUCUGAAGGACUGCAAAAGUGCUGAUGAACUGGAUCAUGUGUAUGCGCCAUAUAAGAAGGACAGUAAGCUGUCAAAGGCUCGACGGGCAAAGCAGCUUGGUCUAGAAUCUGCAGCACUGGCUCUUCUACAGACACCUCAAACACUUGAUCUGCGCUCAUGGAUUCAGCCCGGCACCAAAGGUUUGUCCACUCUUGAUGAGGUUGCCACAGGUGUCGAGCAAAUUCUAGCCGACAUGAUCGCUAAGGACAUUGAGACACUGACCUACAUCCGUUCACUGUGUGAGAGAAGUGAUCUCAAAAUCCAAUCGUCUGUGUCUAAAACGGCACUUAAAGAGCAGCAGCAGGCAGAUCAGAAAAGCAAACCUAAAGACAUUUCCAAAUUCAGCCUGUACAGUUCAUUCUGUUGUAGCGUGCAGAGAAUCCAACACCAUCAGACAUUGGCCAUUAACCGAGGAGAGAAUCUGAAGAUUCUGUCAGUGAAGGUUAACAUCCCUGACUGGGUGAAGGCUGAAUUCUGUAGGUGGUGUGUCAACGUCAGGUGGAGGCCUCCGGUGUUUGCACGUCCUGAGCUGAUGAAAAUUUUGAAUAGCGCUGUAGAGGACUCGUACAAGAGACUUCUAUUGCCCAUGCUCAGCAGAAGCUACAGGACCAAACUGACCACCAGUGCGGAGAAGGAGUCUGUUGCUAUGUUUGUGCGUAAUCUCCGGCAGAGGCUCUUGGUGUGCCCCGUGCGCGGACGUGUCCUCAUGGGUGUAGAUCCUGGAUUUCGGCAUGGCUGCAAACUGGCAAUCCUCUCCCCCACCAGUCAGAUCCUGCACACAGAUGUGGUGUACCUGCAUGGCUCAGGCAAUAAAAGAGAGGCUGACAAACUGCGCCACCUCAUGCUUAAACAUAGCUGCCAGACUGUUGUCAUAGGAAAUGGCACCGCAUGCAGAGAGACGGAGUCUUUCUUCGCUGAUCUCAUCAAAAGUGGCUUUUUCAAACCUUUGGAUGUGUCCUACUGUAUCACUAAUGAAGCUGGAGCAUCCAUCUACAGUGUCAGUCCAGAAGCAGUCAAAGAGAUGCCAGACCUGGAUCCAAACCUGAGGAGUGCAGUGUCGAUUGGACGACGUGUUCAGGACCCUUUGGCUGAGCUGGUCAAGAUUGACCCUAAACACAUCGGCAUCGGGACUUACCAGCACGACGUGUCUCAGACCUUGCUGAGGUCCGCACUGGACGGCGUGGUGCAGGAGUGUGUGAGCUUCGUGGGAGUGGACAUCAACAUCUGUUCUGAGACGUUGAUGAGGCACGUUGCAGGUCUGAAUGCAGGUCGGGCACGAAGCAUAGCAGAGUGGCGAGAAAAGAACGGGCCUUUUUUCAACCGAGAGCAACUGAUGCUGGUCAAAGGCCUUGGCCCAAAGAGCUUCCAGCAAUCCGCUGGCUUCAUCCGUAUCAACCCAGAGACUGCACAAAGCUUCGGCUCAGGUGGAAUUGCCAACUCUGCAACUGCCGAGAAGUCAACAGCUAAGAAGAGCAAAGGCAUAUGCAACAAAAUUAAUCCUCUGGACCAAACGUGCAUCCAUCCUGAGUCAUACAGCAUUGCCAUGAGGUUUUUAUCUCAGAUUGGUGGUAGUUUGGAUCAGCUUGGCAGUGCCGAGCUCCAGCAGAAAGUUAAGAGCUCAGUUAUGAGCAGUGGUCUGGAGUCUUUGGCCCAGUCCCUCAAUACCUGCCCUGAAACUUUGCAGCUUAUCGUGGAUGGCCUCACUCAACCACCUGGCUUUGACAUUCGUCAAGACUUUGAGCAAGCGGUCUUUAAACAGAGCAUCGUGUCCAUAAGCGAUCUCUAUGAGGGCACAGUUCUAACAGGGCAUGUGGAAAACACCGCUUUAUUUGGGGCAUUCGUGGACAUAGGAGUGGGGAAAUCAGGUCUCAUCCCAAAGCGCUUUAUCACUCCAGAUAAACUACCCGUUGACAAGAGGCGAAGAAGUCUUGCUAUAGGACCUGGAGAGCGAGUUGAAGUCCGGGUUCUUAAUGUGGAUCUUCAAAGAAAGCGGAUCACUUUGGACCUAAUCAGGGUUCUCAUUUAGGAUUCCCAGAUUAAAGUAAACAUUUGAUAUUCUUUUUUCCCCCUCUCUCCUUUUUUUUUUUUUUUUUUUUUUUUUUUUUUUUGAAUGUUGUAUAUUUGGUUAUAAAUGCUAAUGAAUAAUCAUGCUGUCAUGGUUAUCUUAUGGCAUCAUUAAACAGUUUAAUAAAAUAUCUAUACCCUA